CAUGCAAGGCUUUGUGCUGGCUGUGUGUGGACACAGGCUUCAUCUGUCUCUGGAUGCCCUCCUUCAUGGAUGCCAGGCUGCCAGCACCUGUCAUAUGCCUUUGAGGUUAUCCCUGGAUGCCAUAUUCUUCUGUGUCUCCCUGGAUCCUCUGUGUGCCCUGAUCCUGGGGGUCUCUCUGGAUGAGACAUCUUCUGACAAAGAGUGGAUGUAGCAGACCCUUCACGCUUGGAUGUUUCUAUUUAUUGACAGUCUCAGCACAGAUUCACACAACCCCUAUACAUUCCUUAUACUCCUUUCACAUAGGGAGUGAUUCCUACACUUCCAAGGAGACAUGUCAUCUUCAGAUGAGGAAACCCUCAGUGAGAGGUCAUAUCGGAGUGAGAGGUCAUGCCGAAGUGAACGGUCUGGCAGCUUGUCCCCUUGUCCACCAGGUGACACGCUCCCAUGGAAUUUGCCACGCCAUGAGCAGAAAAAGAGGAAGACCAAGGAUUCUGUCCUGGACCCUGCAGAGAGAGCAGUGGUCAGGGUGGCAGAUGAACGAGACAGAGUACAGAAGAAAACAUUCACUAAGUGGGUCAAUAAACAUCUCAUCAAGGUUCGCAAGCACAUCAAUGAUCUAUAUGAAGAUCUACGGGAUGGACACAAUCUUAUCUCCCUUUUGGAGGUCCUUUCUGGCGUUAGAUUACCCAGAGAGAAAGGUAGGAUGCGAUUCCAUCGCCUUCAGAAUGUGCAGAUUGCACUGGAUUUCCUCAAACAACGUCAGGUGAAAUUGGUCAAUAUCCGUAAUGACGAUAUCACUGACGGGAACCCAAAACUCACCCUUGGGCUAAUUUGGACCAUAAUCCUUCACUUUCAGAUCUCUGAUAUUUAUGUUAGCGGGGAAUCUGGAGAUAUGUCUGCCAAGGAGAAGCUGCUCCUAUGGACGCAGAAGGUGACGGCGGGAUAUGUUGGGGUGAGGUGCACCAACUUUACUUCCUGCUGGAGUGAUGGCAAAAUGUUCAAUGCCAUUAUUCACCGGUAUAGACCUGACCUGGUAGACAUGCAAAAAGUAGAAAUUCAGAGUAACCGGGAAAACCUGGAGCAAGCAUUUGAAAUAGCGGAGAGCCUGGGUGUCACUAGAUUAUUAGAUUCUGAAGAUGUGGAUGUAGCUUCACCAGAUGAGAAGUCUGUGAUCACGUAUGUCUCUUCUAUAUAUGAUGGCUUUCCCAAAGUCCCAGAAGGAGGAGAGGGGAUCAGUGCCACUGAAGUGGAUUCUCGCUGGCUGGAAUACCAGGAAAGAGUUAUGUCCCUUACACAGUGGAUCCGACAACAUGUACUAUUGAUGUCUGACAAAUCAUUCCCACAGAACCCUGUGGAGUUAAAGGCACUUUAUAAUCAGUAUGUACAUGUAAAAGAAACUGAAAUUCCUGCAAAAGAGCUAGAGAAAGCCCAAAUACAGAAGAUAUAUCAGAUGUUACAGACUUGGAUUGAAUUUGGCCGCAUCAAGCUCCCGCCAUCCUUUCAUCCUAAUGAUGUGGAGGAACUGUGGGGAAAACUCAUACUAUCUAUGCUGGAGAGGGAGAAAGUCCUGCGACCAGCAGUAGAGAGACUUGAACUGCUCCUGCACAUUGCGAACAAGAUCCAGAAUGGUUGCCUGACUUGUGAAGAAAAACUGACACUAGCGAGGAAUACACUACAAUCAGAUGCUGCAAAUGUUGAAUGUGGCCAGAGAACUCAGCAAGAGGAAGAGGUUCUCCAUUUCCUUCAGGAGAGUGAAGGUGUUCUGCGACAGCUGCAGGCAGAUGUGCAGAUCCUGAGAGAUGAAAAAUACUUCCAGGUGGAGGAAUUGGCUUUCAGAGUUUUGAGGAUUCAGGAUGAACUUCUCACGCUCAGGCUUGAGUACUCCAACUUGUAUAGGAGAGGGAACCUCUUCAACUCCGAUCUACAAACUUCCACAUCCAAGAACACAUCUCACCAGCAAACCCUUAAUACUUCAGCACCUUCUUCCACUUCAUGGUUUCGGAAACCAAUGAGCAGGGCAGAACUCCUCGCACUGUCAUCUUCUGAAGAUGAGGGUAGCCUCCGAUUUGUCUACGAGCUUCUUGCAUGGGUAGAAGAAAUGCAGUUAAAACUGGAGCGAGCAGAGUGGGGCAGUGAUCUUCCCAGUGUGGAGUCACAGCUGGAAAUUCAGCGCCAAGUCCAUACAAGUGUGGAGGAGCUGGCCUCAAGUCUGCGAGAAGCUAGAAGCUAUGAGGUUAAAAUGUCUUCAAAUUUCCGCAGUAGUUAUAAAGAGACUCUAAGCAAGCUUGAAAUGCAGUACUGCAAACUAAGGGAGACCAGUAAUUCCCGUUUACGUCACUUGGAGAGCCUUUAUGAGUUUGUGUCUCGAGCGACUGCACAAAUUAUUUGGCUAAAUGAGAAGGAAGAGGAGGAGCUGGCUUAUGACUGGAGUGAUGGAAAUUCUAACAUGGAAGCAAAAAAAGAAUACUUUGCUGAACUGACCGAAGAGCUGGAACAGAAGCAGGAUGUCAUUCAGUCUUUGCAAGAGACAGCUGAACUCUUGUCCCUCGAAAAUCAUCCAGCAAAGCAAACCGUGGAGGCAUACAGUGCAGCAGUUGUUUCUCAGUGGCAGUGGGUUCAGCAGUUAUGUCUUUGUGUGGAGCAACAUAUAAGGGAGAAUUCAGCUUAUUUCCAGUUUUUUAGUGAUGUGCGAGAUUCAGAGGUUUAUCUUAAGAAUCUCCAGGAGUUAAUCAAGAGGAAGUAUUCAAGUGAUCGUAGUACUAGUAUGAACCGUCUGGAAGACAUGUUGCAAGACUCCAUGGAUGAGAAGGAGCAACUUAUCCAUUCUAGAAGCACAGUUGCCAGCCUUAUGGGAAGAUCCAAGAACAUUGUUCAGCUGAAGCCCAGGAAUCCUGAACAUAGUUUAAGUGGCACUCUCCCUAUCAAAGCAAUAUGUGACUAUAAGCAAAUAGAGAUUACGAUCAGCAGAAAUGAGGAAUGUGUACUUGAAGAUAACACUCAGAGGACAAAGUGGAAAGUGAUUAGCACUACCGGAAAUGAGGCCAUGGUGCCAUCUGUAUGUUUCCUCAUCCCUCCACUGAACAAAGAUGCAAUGGAAAUGGCCAGCAGAGUGGAGCAGCUUUAUCAGAAAGUCAUGGCUCUUUGGCAUCAGUUACAUGUAAACACAAAGAGUUUAAUAUCAUGGCAUUAUUUGCGGAAAGACAUUGAUUUGGUUCAGAGUUGGAAUGCAGACAAGCUUAGGGUCCUUCCUCUGUCAGAGAGGCUACAGACACUAUCCAGUCUUCAGUCACAUUUGGAUGAUUACAUGGAGGACAGCAAAGACUCCCAAAUAUUCUCACCUACUGAUCGUCUGAACAUGGAAAAAGAGGUGGAGGAUUGUAAGGAGCAAUGCAGAAAACUUGUGAACCUUAUUGAGACUGAAGAUAAAGACGAGUCUGUGGCAAAGACCUACUUAUCAGAGCUUCAAAACAUUCGUUUACACUUGGAGGACUGUGAACAGCGGCUAGUGAAAAGAUUACAGAUUGCCUUGGGUAGCGAUUUGGAUGCUGUGCAUGAAAGCACUGUCCAGAUAUCUGAACAAGAGAGGAUGCAGGAGGAACUGAAGAGGUUAAAAUCUGAACUGUCACUGGUUUCUGAGCGCUGUGACCAUUUCCUCAACAUGUCUCCCUCUGGCACCAGUACCCCAAAUGUUCGCUCACAGCUAGACCUGCUGGUUGGGAAAAUGGACCAUGUAUACGGCUUGUCUUCGGUUUUCCUGGAAAAGCUGAAGACAGUAGAUGUGGUUAUUCGUAGUCUGCAAGGAGCAGAAGCUCUGGUGAAAGGAUAUGAGGCCCGUUUGAGUCAGGAAGAUACUAUCCCAGCAGAUCCAGCAGCUAUUCAGUGUCAGGAAGUCUUGUUACAGCAAUGGAAGAUAGAGGCAGCGGAGAAGGAUAAUAUAAUUACUUUAUUGGAGGAAGAUGUUGCUAAAGCUAGAGAAGUGAGAGAUCGUUUAAAUCAGAAAACACAAGACCGCAAUCUAGAUGUAGACCAGUAUCAGGAAAAGACCUCCAAACUUCGAGAACGGUGGAGCGGAGUGCACACCCAGAUGGAAACAAGGCAAUUGGACCUUGCAGCAAUCAAAGAUGUGCUGAAAAAUUACAGAAGGCACCAUGAUAGCCUGGUGCAGUGGAUAGAAGCAACUAAAGCACAGCAGGAAAUGAUGAAACCAGGGCAGUCAGAGGACAGAAGAGUCUUGUCAGAGCAACUCAAUCAACAAAUGGCUCUAGUUGCUGAAAUAGAGCAGAAUCGGUCACGUCUGGAUGAAUGUCAGACUUUUUCACAGCAAUAUUCCAUUUCUGUAAAGGACUAUGAACUGCAGCUGAUGACAUAUAAGGCUUUUGUAGAAUCGCAACAGAAGUCUCCAAUGAAACGAAGACGGAUGUUGUCAUCUUCGGACAUAAUAACUCAAGAAUUCAUGGAUCUGCGUACCCGCUACACUGCUCUGGUGACUUUGACUACUCAGCAUGUGAAAUACAUCAGUGACUCUUUACGGAGAUUAGAGGGCGAAGAGAAAGUUAUUGAGGAAGAAAAGGAGAAGCAGGUUGAAGGUUUGAAACAGCUUGCUGGCUGGGUAGCAGGAAUUGCCCAGGUUGUAACAAGUGCACGAGGCAUGGGCAGUGCUGAUAUAAAGAAAUCCAUAUCGGAAAAACAGGUGCUAAGUGCAGAACUGCUCUCAAAAAAGGAAAACAUUUCAGAAGCUGUUAAAUCCAUGCAGAUCUUCUUGGCCAAAAAUGGAGAUAAAUUGUCACCUGAGGAGAGGGCACAGAUAUCUACUCAGAUCCAGGAAUUAAAGGCAACAUACAACCAACUUUGUGAGGAGUCUGGUAACCAGAUACAGGAGCUUCAUACUGAGCUUGCUCGGGAAGCUGAGCAAAAGGAGUGCCUUGCCAUUGCUGGCGUUAUAGACCUGGGUUCUAUGGAAAUGUUUCCAAUUUUCUGCGCUAUGCAGAAAGGUAUCAUUGACCAAGAUACUGGCCUCAUACUUCUGGAAGUUCAGCUUGUCCUCACUGGCUCAGUCAUCUCUGAAACUGAUGAAAGACUGAAAUUGGAAGAAGCGCUUGACAGAAAUUUAAUUGAUCUUCGAUUAUUCAAUUGUCUUCAGGAUUUGAGCAGAGCUAAUGCAUUGUUAGAAACAUAUAAAACUGGAAAAGAAAGAAUUCUGCCUCUCAUUACAGCUACAAAAGAAGGGAAACUCAGUGAAAAUGUUGCACUAAAAAUACUGCAUGUUUACUUGGCAUGUGGUGUGUUUAGAUUAGCUUCCACUGGUGAACUGGAUGAUUUAGACGAGUCCACUAAAAAUGUGUUGCUUGUUAGUGGCCUGAAGGAAAAGUUGGAAACUUCACAAAAACUUUUAAUUGACCCAAAUACAGCACAGCGAGUAAGUCUGGCUGAAAUCAUGGCAAAGUGCAUUAUUUAUGAGUCCACUGGCCUGAGACUUCUUCCAGUUAAGCAGUUAGCAGGUGGUGUUGUGUGUCUGAAAUCAGGCAAAAAAGUUAGCAUCUUCAAAGCAGUGCUAGAAGGACUCAUUGAUAGGCAAGUAGCUGUGAGGCUACUGGAGGCCCAAUUGUUUGCCGGUGGAAUUGUGGAUGUCAAAACUGGUCAUAGACUUGGUGUGGAUGAAGCAUUGAGGUACCAUCUGAUGGACAAAGAUAUGGCUUGUGAUCUUCUAAGAAGACAGCUUCAAGAUGGGGGUAUUAUAGAUGCCAUAACUGGUAAAAGAUUUUCAUUGGACGAGGCAGUAAAACUCAACCUUGUUGCUCCAAAGCUAGCACUUCUUGUAGUUGAGUCAAUGUCUUCCUUUAGAGGCUUUCUUAGGCCAGAAACAGGUGAAGUCCUUUCAGUAUCAGAUGCCCUUCAGGAUAGCAUUGUUUCUAGUGACCUGGCUAUGAAAACUCUUGUCAACAGACACAGAAUUCAAUGUCCUUACAUAUCAGAAAACAGAGAAGUCAUGUCUUGGGACAGAGCUAUAAAGUGUGGUAUUUUGAGUGAAAGCGGUGUCAAAAUGUUAAGAUCCAUCACUAUUCCUGAUAUAGCACACAGUCUGGCAGCAGAAAACAUUGGAGAGUCUGGAGCCCAGCCAGCGCCGUUAUCUGGUACUAGCAGUUUAUAUCCUGUUGAUAGCACUGCUUGGAAAAUGCACACACAUUCACAAUCGGAGGAUGAAGGAAGACUGAUGUUUAAUUUGAAGCACUUCAGUUACAUAAACAUUCAUAAUGGACAAAGAAUGCUGCUUAUUGACAGCAGAGAAAACCAAGCAGCUGAGUUAUUCCUGCAGGAGGAUAGAAACAUUUCCAGUGAAAAACGUUUUGAUGUGAAAGGCAUUGCUGAGAAAAAGUGUCAAGAUCAAGAGCAGACAAACCCUGGACUUCUGGCUGCGAUUGCAGACUUAAACUCAGACAGCGCGAAUGAGCAAAAGCCAAACUUAAGUCUACCAGGAGAGGACAAUAUGUCUUCAAGUUCAGGUCACCUCAAAGCAUGUGACGAAACAACUUCUGUGUUUCAAAAUGUACUCCAUACUCAAGAUGAUCAAGCAAUUUUACAGAAUGUCGCUAAUAAAGAUAAUGACAAUUCUCAGAUAACAUAUUUGGGAACCUUUAAAGAAGAUGAUAUAGCUAAACCUGAGCUUUCUGUACUUUCCAAUAGCAGGAUGUUGACUAUUCCAUCAAUGCCAGAUGGAAUAGGAAUGCCUGUUGGAAAGGCUUCAGCUGUUGACCCAACACUGACUGCAUCAUUGUCUGAUAUUGUACCAGAUGAUACUGAUUUCGCAAUGGAAAUUACAUUUGGUAGUACAGAAAAAUCUGUCCCAGAGGCCUCAUCCAUUUUAGAUUUAAAUGUUGCCCCUUCAGUGACUACAUACCCACUUGAAACCGCAUUGGCAUUCAGUGAAAUGGAUGGUUCAUACGCUUUUGCAAAAGUUGCUGCUGAUGAUGAUUAUUCCUCUGACAUGGAAGAGGAGCAUACGUUAUCUAUUUUGUCUGACCAGCUAAUAAAUGGAGGCAUUGUUGAUACAAAUUCAGGAUGUAAACUUCUCCUUAAUGAUGCUGUGGCAUUGGGUGUCAUCUCUAGCCACACUGCUUUAAAGCUUAUGGAGAGAAUACAGCUUUUUUCAGGGUUCUUUGACUCUCAAACAUAUGAAGCUUUAACAAUUCAGGAAGUGAUAGAUGAAGGCCUAAUGGAUGAAAAUCUUCUACAAAAAGUUUUCACCUCUGACAAGUCAGUAAGUGGCAUUGUGGAUAUUAAAAAGAACAAAGUUUAUUCUGUGCAAGAGUCACUGAAAUCUGGCCUCAUUGAUAAACACAUAGCCAAAAAGAUUUUAGAAGUUCAGGUCAUCACUGGUGGUGUAUGUGAUGUGAAAAGGGGCAAACGAAUAUCUGUCACACUAGCAUCCAGUUCAAACUUGAUAAAUUCUUCUGACAAAGAUGAACUUAUUAAGUUAGAGAAAGUUUAUAAAGGAAAAAGUACAGAAAAAACUACCAAAGAAAAACUCCUGGGCCUGCAGAUAGAGACUACAGGGAUCACGGAUACAAAAUCUAGGAAGCCCUUGUCUGUUGUUGAGGCAAUCCAGCAACGUCUUAUUAACAAGCCUGAUGCCAUUCGUUUGUUAACCAAACAAAUACAAGAUGGAGGAGUCAUUCAUCAUUUAUCAGGGAUGAGGUUUUCUGUGAUUGAUUCUCUUAAACUUGGACUGAUUGAUCAAGAUUUAUUUGAGGAGCUCUCAGAGUUUGAAUGUCUGUACCAGUCAGGGAACUUGCAACCAUCAAGAGGGAGCGCUGAAGGAAGCCAAGGUGCUAGACUGGAGAGCAAUGUUUUACCAUACAUAGACUUGUUGAAGAAAUGUAAAAUUGAUGUUCAGACUGGACAAAAAUAUGUAGAGCUUGGUUUACUAGCCAAACAUGAAUUCAAAUCCCCAUGUGCACCUAAGGAUGGUGAAUUCAAAUUGUCCUCUUCUGCAUUUCCAGCAAAAAAGCAUGCGCAAGUGAAAAACAUUUGUGACCUGCAAGUUGAAAGUCCAGAUCACAGUGCUAAAGAGCGUACUGAUAAUACAAUAAUUCCACUUGUUCAUCAGAGUGGAAAAGCUCAAUCCAAAGGUCACUUAACAGAUUUGGAAUACAUGAAUGUGCCAUCCAGCAAAGAAGCCAAACUUAAAACCCCUAAGUCACGCAAACCAAAGGAUGUUCAAAAUCUGGAUGUUAAAACGUCAUCUUUAACACCACAGAUAGAUUUUAAGAAGGAACCAUCAAUAUGUGGCAUUAGUUCCCCUACAUUCAGAAUAAAUAACACAAGCAUUAUUGAGAUCAAUGAGCAGGAUGAGUACAUAAAUGGCUCCUCUAUAGUCUGUGAAGGGAGAUCUACACCAUUCAUUCAGAAGGCGGUUGGUGAAAUAAAGCAAAAGGCUGAACCAAUAUCCAAUGAUGCUAUGACAUUAAAUAAAACUUUGCUGGAUAAGGAAUGUUUGGAUAAGGCAGAUGCCCAGAAAAUUCCUGAUAUUAUAGAAGCAGACCAGCGUGCAAUUGAAAGUACAAAUUAUAGCUCACUGACCUUGAAAUCAGAUUGUAACAUACACUCUGAGGAAGUGCUAACUGAUUUUCAUGGGAACAGAGUCCAAGAUUUCAUAAAGAUUCAUGAACAAAGCGGGCAAGUUCAGACCCAGAAUCCUCCCAUUGAUAUCCCUAUCAAUUCAGCCAAAGAAAAAGUAGAGACAAAUGUAGAUGGCAUUGAAUUUGUUUCAGAAAAGCAAGUUAUUCAAAAGAUUUUACCAGAUGUUGAAAUUCCUUCUCAAGAAAGCAACCUAAUUUCUGGACUAGAAAAGGGCAUUUUAGAUGGGAUCCCAGUAGAGCCAAGAUAUUUUGCAGAAUCGCCCAAAAAAAUCUCUUUUAGUCAACAGGUUGCAUCCAUAGACCAAGAUGUGGACAUACAAGAUCAACCAACUUCAAAAAAUAAAAAGGAUACCAUUAGUAAAAUUGGCUCUCAGUCACCCGUUCGUGUUUCUGAUCAUGCUAACAAAAAUGCAAAAGUGGUGUUGACUUCCAGUCAGCCUGUACAAGACUCAAGGAAAACUUCUACAUACAAUGUUGGUCAGCAGCAAGAGUCUAAAGAGAACAGUAGACUACAGAACAUUGACCAAUCUUCAGUAAAGGAAACCAGACAAAAUGGGGAGAGAUCAAAUAUAUGGCAAGAUCAUCCCAUACCUUCAUCUGAACAAAUUACCUCAUCAGUAAAAGAACACGGCAGUUGUGAAAUAAAGGAAUCGGCCAUGCCAUUGACAGAGGAAACACCCAAGACUUUUCAGGAUGCACGGAGGAAACAAGCCUGUCUUGAACAUGAAGAAAACCUAGUUUGUUUCCUAUCAAUGCUUCGAAACAUAGAAAUAAAACUUGGACCCCUGAGUCAUGUUUCACCAGGUCUUCAAGAUGUUGAAGAGAAGUUAAGACAGGCAGAGGUGCUUGAUCAAGAAUUAAAGGAUUUGGAGUCCCCAGUGACCCAAGAGCUUGAAUUUGUUAGUCAGAUUGUGGCUGAACAGCCACCACAUGUUCCAGCACAGCUUCUUCGAGCUUUAGAGAAAGAUGCCAAGAAUUUAGAAAAGUCUCUUAAUUCCAUCAGAAAUAUAUCACAAACACGUGUCAAACAUCUGCAUUCCAUGCUGGAGCAAGAAAAGGUUAAAGUCUUGGCACAACACAAAGAGCUGGAAAGCAAGCUACUUUCCCUUCUACAGUGGGUGAAGGAAACUUCUGAAUCACUGGAUUAUAAGGAGACAAAUGAUUCAGGACUACAAUCUACAUUGAAAAGUCCGAUAGAUCACAUUGAGAGUCUGAGGCAGCCUGUGGCUAACACCAAGCUAGAACUGGAGAACAUAGCUUUUGAAAUUCAGUUAUUUAUCUCUGAGCAAGCCCAAGAUUUGACACCUCAACAAAGUCGCGUAUUGCUUCGUCUUCUUAAUGAUCUACAGAGGUCCUUUCGAGAGCUCUCUGAGACAAUGGUGGCAAGAAAUGAGAUUCUGCAGUCCCGUGAGCGACUGGUGAAGCACAGCAUGGAAGUCAAGACACUAAAGGAGCAGAAGUUGGCUUGUUCUCAGGGACUAGACGAACUGAGCUCAUGGGCUGAAUUGACAGAAAAAUCUGUACAGAAGCACCAGAGCGACCCAAGAUCUCAAGAUGUGUCCAGCCUUCAAGAUCAGUAUAAAAGCAUGCAGGAGCUCAAUAAUGAUGUGCAAACUAAAGCAAACAAGUUUGCUAGUAUCAUUAAAGCUGCAGAGGACUUCCUUGAGGAAAACAAGAACAAGAUGGACCCUAAAGAUCUCGAAGUAUUUAAGAAAAAACUUCAGAAGGCUAAAGAACAAUAUCGGUCCCUUUUGCAGAAAACAGGGGAGACAGAGAGGCAGUUAGAGUCUGCAGUGAGCACAGCCAUUUUAGAGGAGACCAAAAAGUCUAAAACUGCAGAGGAGUUGCAACAAAACCUGGGAAAGAUUGAGAGUCUUCUAUGCCAGGUGCUUCCUGUUGUGCCAUCUAAAAGUAGCCUGCAGAAAGGCAGCAUCCCUGAUGGAAGGGUUUCUGGUAGUAACGAGUUAUCAGAUAAAUGUCCUACCAUAGGAGAUGCCACUGACAUCAUCAAUAACCUUUAUGAGAAGAGAAAGACCCACCACCAAGAAAUGUUAGGCCAGCAGCAGAACUUCAUCCUGACCAUACAAUCAGCACAAGAUUUCUUGGAUAAACAUGGAAGCACUUUGCCACCAGAAGAGUGUGAGCGCUUGCAAAACCAGCUUGCACGCUUGAAGGAAGAGUAUGCUGCGUCUCUGUCUCAGGCACAGUUACAACUGAAGCAUGCACAAGGACUGCAAGAUGACCUGCAGAAUUUCAUUCACGAUUAUGGAGAAUUUGAGACAUGGCUUCAACAAAGUAAAGAGGAGUUGGAUAAGAUGCAGAAGGGUGAGGCAGACUGUGAAGCCUUGCGUAAUUUGCUUCAACAGCAAGCAGAUUUUUCAGAAGAUGUGAUCUCUCAUAAAGGAGAUCUGCGUUAUAUUACUAUUGCUGGACAGAAAGCGAUUGAAGCAGAAAAAGCAGCUCUUGAGCAGUCCAGUGAAGAGGUGGGAGUGGCAGCAGCUUUGGUAAAAAGCAAACUUGAAGAUGCCUCGAAGAGAUACAGUGCCUUGCAUUCCAAGUGCUCCAAACUUGGAACUCACUUGAAUUCUUUGUUGAACCGGUACCAGCAGUUCCAGGAGGGCUCUGAUGCAGCUUUAGCCUGGCUGCAAAACACCGAGUUAACUGUGGAGAAGAUGCUUUCUGAACCAGUAGCAUCUAAUCCAGUAGCUUUACAGGCCCAGCUAGACAAGGCCAAGAACAUGCAGUGUGAUCUUGCAGAGCACCAAGUUCAGGUUGACAAAGUUCAAAAGGCUCUACGUGGUCUACUGGAGAUCCAAGAAGAUCCGCUGCCAGACUGCAAAAAGAUUCAGGCAACAGCUGACUCCAUCGAAAGUCGGUUCCAAGGCCUCUCUGGCAAGAUGUCCAAUCACACAGAUUUACUGCAGAAGUCAGUAGCCCAGUCACAGAGUGUUCAAGAAGGUUUGGAUAACCUUCUACACUGGUUGGAAGGAAUGGAGAAGACGAUAGAGAGCCAAAAACAAGCAUCAAUGUCAUCAUCAUCCAUUCAGGAGGCUCUUGCACAAAAUAUUAAACUGAAACAGGACGUUGGAAGCAGGAGGGGAAGCCUGGAUGCCACUGGAGAAAUGGUAGUGAAAUUUAUGGAGACUGCAGACCGUGCUGCAGCAACUGCUCUUCAGAACAAGUUAUCUGACGUCACUGCACGUUUUAAUAAAGUCUGUGAGCAGCAGAUUCAGCAGGAGACUGCCCUUAAAGAGGUCCUACCACAAGUGGAAAGAUAUGAACAGAUUUCAGAUGAACUACAUGAUUUCAAAGCAACCAAAUCCCAGUUACUGGCCUCAGGAAACCAGCCAGACAAGGACAUUGCCCAGUUCUCAGAACAAAUCCAGGAACUGAAUGCAGAGAUAAAGCAGCAGACAGAGCAGUUGUUUACCCUGGAACAGCUUGCAAAGGAGCUGAGUACAUGCCCUGUGCUGCUGGACUCCUCUGAGCACUUACAGAAGGUGCAAUUGCUGAAAAAAGAAUUUCAGGAUCUCCAAGAAGCUGCAAGUGAGAGGGAGAGGGAAGCCUUGUCUUGUCGAGAAGAAUUAGAGAUGUUCCAAAGGUUGGUUAGUGUCCUGAGAAAAUGGCUGAAAGACAAUGAAGAGAAUGUGCCUUCAACAGAAGAAUCUCUUGGAUCAAUGGAGAUCCAGAUCAGGCUACAGCAAGUCCAGGACCUCUUGAAAGAGUGGAAAGUAAAAGGCCCACUUGUAGAGGAGAUCACACAAAAGGGAUCUGAACUUGAGAGCAGAAUUAUGGAGAUCACUGCAGCAGAAAGCCAACUGCAGAAAGGUUCUGUGCUGAUGGCCUCAGUAAGCAGUUUAGGGAAUGUUAAUGGAUAUCAUACCUGCCAAGAUUUGACUGGCAUCCAGUGUGAUGUCUCUGAGAUCAGCCAAAAGUAUGAACAUUUAGGAUUGGUGCUGAGAAAUCGAGAAGAACAGUUGUCCACUAUGCUAGAAAAAAUACAGAAGGUUCAACAAGAAACAAACCAGAUGUUGAAGUGGUUAGAGUCCAAAGAACAAAUUAUAACUGCAGUCAAUGUGUCACCAAAGAAGUCUGAGAUAGUUAGAGCCCAGGCUGAACAGAACAAGGAGUUCAUAUCUGAACUAGAGCAAAGUUCUGAAAAAGUGAAAAAGCUAAAAGCUGAGCUAAAAGAUUUGCUAGAGAAACAUCCAAACUCUCCUGAGGCUGAGAACUGGAGGCAGAUGCUGGAAAAUCUUAACAGUCAGUGGGAUCGAGCUAACCAAGUAACCUCAGAACGCCAGCAGAAGCUGGAAGAAUCUGCUAACCAACUGGCCUUGUUCCAAACUGCUGGCUCUCAGCUACGUCCAUGGUUAACAGAGAAGGAGCUGAUGAUGAGCGUCUUGGGACCUCUAUCCAUUGAUCCCAACAUGCUGAAUGCACAGAAGCAGCAGGUUCAGUUUAUGUUAAAGGAAUUUGAAGCACGCAAAGCUCAGUAUGAAGAACUAAAGCAUGCAGCCUAUGGUAUCCUAACAGGACCUGGUGAUGAGUCUCCAUCUACCAGCCAGGUGGAGGAAGACUUCAAUGAAAUUAACAAGAAAUGGACAGACCUGACCAAUCGCCUGAAUUCCAGGGCUGAACACAUUGACCAGGCUGCUGUGAAAAGUGCGCAGUAUCAAGAGGUUCUGCAAGGCCUAACUGACAAAAUAAAGCAGGCAGGCAAGAAGCUGAGCUCACAGCCAGCAGUCAGCACUCAGCCCGAUGCUGUAAAGCAGCAGUUGCAGGAAACUAGUGGCAUUCGCUCAGAUCUGGAAAACCUCACUCAGGAAGUUGCAGAAGCACAAAUUCUAUGCAAUGGGCUAUCUGCACUUGUGGCAGAACCGUACCUCAAAGAUGAACUUCAAAAACGACUUGACACUGUGGCACUUCCGCUUAAAGGAAUGGAAGAUUUAGCAGCGGAUCGUGUGAAUAGGUUACAGACGGCACUUGCCAGUUCCCAGCAGUUUCAACAGAUGUUUGAUGAACUGAGAAAUUGGCUGGAUGAAAAGUCAAUGCAACAGGCCAAAAGCCCCCCAGUGUCAUCCAAACUGGAAAAGUUACAAAAACUUCUUCAAGACCAGGAGGAAUUCCAAAAAAGUCUAAACCAGAACACCGGGUCUUAUGAAAUGAUUGUUGCUGAAGGUGAAUCUCUGCUCCUGUCUUCACAGCCUGGGGAUGAGAAGACUGCCCUACAGAAUCAACUAAUAAAUCUGAAAACAAACUGGGAAGAGCUGGGAAAGAAGACAUCAGAAAGACAAAACAAACUGAAAGACUGUUUGCAGAAAGCUCAAAAAUUUGGUAGACAUGUGGAAGAUUUGGUUCCUUGGUUGGAAGACUGUGAGACCCAAAUGAAAGGAAUGGAAGUUACUAUUGACCCUGUCCAACUUGAAGCCCAGCUUCUUAGAGCAAAGGUUCUUGAAAGUGAAAUAGACAAGAAACGUUCUUUGGUGGAGAUGAUGAACAGCACAGCUGAUCUUCUGAUCGAAGCGACUGAGGUCGACGACCAGGAAAUCUUGGAGGAAAGAGCCAGGCUAAAUCAGAAGAUGGACAGUAUUACGGAACAGCUGCAUAUCAAAGCUGAGUCCAUUGAGGAAAUGUCCUUAAGACUUAAGGAACUAAAUGAUAGUUUUAAAAAUAUAGAUAAGAAACUUGAUGUAGCAAAACACCACCUGGAAAUUUAUGCAGCUCUGGGUCCUCAGUCAUGCAGCAGUAAGAAUUUAGAGAACAUGAAAACUCAGCAGGACAUGCUGCAGAAUUUAGAGACACAGGUUCAGUAUUUGAAAAACCUAAUCCAAGGUUUGACAGAAGAUGCCCCAAAAGGCUCAGAUGCCUCUCGUCUUUUACAUCAAGCAGAGGAUGUGCAGCAUAAUUUUGAGAAUGUAAAACAGGAAGUUAAUGAAUGCUGUAGCAGUAUGGAGCAAAAACUGCAAGGAAUUGGUCAAUUUCAUACUCAUGUUAGAGAAAUUUUUUCGAAUCUUUCUGACCUGGAUGAUGAACUUGACAACAUGGGCCCAGUAGCUCGGGAUGUAGACAGCCUGAAAUCUCAAACGGAAGUUGUCCAGAAGUUUCUAGAAUUGCUCCAUGGCUUAAAAUUUGAUAUUGAAUGUUCAGAAAAGAAAUGCAGAGAUAUGUUGGAGAAUGAAGGAGGUCCUGACCUCAUUGGAUUAUUGCGAGAGCUUGGAACUUUAAAUAAGCAAUGUGCUAAGCUGUCUGAACGUGGCAAAAAUAGACAGGAGCAGUUAGAUGCUACUCUAGGCAGAGUGGAGGACUUCAGCGUUAAACUGAAGGAGCUGAUAUAUCAGAUCGUGGCAGCAGAGGGCAGCAAUGCUUUGCAGGAGGUCGUUGGAUCUGAAGUUGAAGCAAUCAAACAGCAGUUGGAAGAUUUUAAGGUUUUCCAGAAGGAAAAGGUGGACUCUCUUCAGCUGAAGCUGCAGCAAGUGAAUGGCCUUGGCCAGGGUCUGAUUCAAAGUGCAGACAAGAACUCUGAUGUGCAUGGAUUAGAACACGACUCUGAAGAACUAAAUGCAAGAUGGAACACACUAAAUAAAAAGGUGGCAGAGAGGGUGGCACAGCUGCAGGAGGCCCUGCUGCAUUGUGGGAAGUUCCAGGAUGCUUUGGAACCUCUGCUUAGCUGGCUCACUGACACAGAAGACCUGAUUGCCAACCAGAAACCACCAUCUGCAGAGUACAAAGUGGUGAAAGCUCAAAUCCAGGAGCAAAAGCUCCUACAGCAUCUUUUGGAAGACCGAAGGGCUACUGUGGACAUGAUCCAGGCUGAAGGGACAAGAAUAGCAGCGGGAGCUGACCCUGCUGACAACGAAAAGAUAAGCCGUCAGCUAGAAACACUCAAGGAGAGGUGGUCUUCGCUGCUGCAAAAGGCACAAACAAGGCAGAAACAACUUGAUGACAUAUUGGUUUUGGCCAAACAAUUUCAUGAGACAACUGAACCUAUAUUUGACUGGCUGUCUACCACAGAGAAGAAAUUGGCAAAUUCUGAGCCAAUCGGUACACAGACAGGCAAAAUUCAGCAGCAGAUCUUGCGUCACAAGAGCCUAGAGGAAGACAUAGCAGUCCAUGAGCCUGAUGUACAUCAAGCGGAAAGGCUAGUGGACUCCCUCUCUGCCCUCUGCUGCAAAGCUGAGCAAGAUAGGUUGGCACGCAAGCUAGACUUCCUGCACUCUCGAUAUAGUGAGGUGCAGGAUCUGUGCAGUAGAAAAGGUGCCUUGUUGGGGCAAGCUCUGAGCAAUGCCAGGCUUUUCGGAGAGGACGAAGUGGAAGUCCUAAACUGGCUGGCAGAAGUAGAGGACAAACUGAGCUCUGUCUCUGUGAAGGAUUACAAGCUGGAGGUCCUGCAGAAACAACACACUGACCAAAGGAACCUUAGUGAAGAGAUUGUUAAUAGAAAGAGGAACGUGGACCAAGCAGUUAAAAAUGGACAGGCUCUGCUCAAGCAAACAACAGGUGAAGAGGUCCUCCUGAUCCAAGAGAAAUUGGAUGGUAUUAAAACACGUUACUCUGACAUCAUAGCAUCAAGCGGAAAAGCUCUCAGAACACUAGAACAGGCCCUGCAGUUGGCCAGUAAGUUCCAAACCACUCAUGAGGAGCUUACCAACUGGCUUGGGCGGGUGGAGGAAGAACUUGCUCAAACAAGUGGACAGUCCCCUGCUGGCGAUCAAAUUCCACAAUUCCAGCAAAGGCAAAAGGAGUUAAAGACGGAGGCUAUGGAAUAUCGCAUUGUCCUUGAUACUAUAAAUGAAGUUGGCAGUGCCUUAUUGGAACUGGUACCUUGGAGAGCAAGGGAUGGUUUAGACAAGCUUGUCUCGGAUGCUAAUGAGCAGUAUAGAUCUGUCAGUUCCACUAUUGCACACAGAGUGGACCAGAUUGAUGCUGCUAUUCAAAGAUCACAACAGUAUGAGCAAGCUGCUGACGCAGAAUUAGCCUGGGUGGCUGAGACCAGGAGAAAACUUUUGGCACUUGGUCCAGUUUGUUUGGAACAGGAUCAGACCACAGCCCAACUCCAGGUUCAGAAGGCAUUCACUGUAGACAUUAUUCGCCAUAAGGAUUCCAUUGAUGAGCUCAUCAGUACACAGGAAGAUAUUCUGGGUACUUGUGGGGAUGAGCAGAAAGCCACUUUAAAAGAAAAAACAAAGUCACUUCUACAGCAGUAUGAGGAUGUGAGCCACUUAAAUUCUGAGCGCUCUGCACGUCUGGAACGGGCCCAGGCCUUACUGGGUCAGUUCUGGGAAACCUACGAAGAAUUACAUCCCUGGAUUGAGGAAAUGAAGACCACCAUUUCUCAGCUGCCACCACCAGCUGUUGACCAUGACAUGCUAAGGCAGCAGCAGGAAGAGAUAAGGGAACUGAGAGAAUCCGUUUCUGAACACAAACCACACAUUGACAAGCUUCUGAAGAUUGGGCCACAUUUGUGUGAGCUGAAUCCCGUAGAAGGAGAAGGCGUGCAAGAAAAAUACACUGAAGCCGAGCAUAUGUACCUGGCAAUUAAGGAGGAAGUGCGCAAAAUGGCCAUGACACUGGAUGAUGCACUCGCACAAGCCUCUCAGAUUGUGGAGUUCCAUGACAAGAUUGGGCCCAUGUUGGAAACUCUGGAGAGCAUGGCAUCUCGCCUAAAUAUGCCACCUUUGAUACCUGCUGAAGUGGAUAAAAUUCGGGAUUGCAUUGGUGAGAACAAGAAUACCCUCAUGGAACUUGAAAAACUGCAGUCAUCAUUUGAGGCCCUAAAACACCGUGGAGAGGAGCUUAUCAGCCGUUCACAAGGAGCAGACACGGAUCCUGCAGCCAAAGCCAUUCAGGAUAAACUGGACCAGUUAGUGUUCACCUGGGAGGACAUUAAAGCCAGAGUAGAUGAACGGGAGAUGAAGUACUUAGAUGUCCUUGAGCUGGCAGAAAAAUUUUGGCUAGAUAUGAAUUCACUUUUGACAACCAUCAAAGACACUCAUGAGAUUGUUCAUGAUCUGGAAAGUCCUGGUAUUGAUCCAUCAAUGAUUAAACAGCAGAUUGAGGCUGCAGAUAGCAUUAAAGAGGAGACUGAUGGACUCCAUGAGGAACUGGAGUUUAUCCGCCUUCUUGGAGCAGACCUUAUAUUUGCUUGUGGAGAGACAGAAAAACCAGAAGUCAAGAAAAGCAUUGAUGAGAUGAACACUGCCUGGGAAAAUUUGAAGAAAACUUGGACAGAGCGCCUGGAGAAGCUUAGAGAUGCAAUGGCUCAUUCAGUACAGUACCAGGACACUUUGCAGGCAAUGUUUGACUGGCUGGACAAUGCUGUUAUAAAACUUUGUGAUAUGCCUCCCGUGGGAACUGAUAUCAGUACAGUGAAAGACCAGAUCAAUGAGAUGAAGGUGUUUAAGGUGGAGGUUUAUCAGCAGCAGAUUGAAAUGGAGAAGUUGAAUCAUCAAGGGGAACUGAUGCUGAAGAAAGCCAUUGACGACACCGACCGGGACAUCAUCAAAGGACCAAUUACAGAGUUGAAACAUUUAUGGGAGAAUCUUGGAGAGAAGAUCACACACAGACAGCACAAGCUUGAGGCUGCCCUACUAGCUCUUGGCCAAUUUCAACAUGCACUGGCUGAAGUAAUGUCCUGGCUGACACACACAGAGGAACUUCUGGAUGCUCAGAAGCCCAUUAGCGGUGAUCCCAAAAUCAUUGAGGUUGAGCUUGCAAAGCACCAUGUGCUGAAAAAUGAUGUGCUUGCUCAUGCAAGCACAGUGCAAACUGUGAGCAAAGCUGGCAAUGAACUUCUGGAGUCUAGUGCUCGAGAUGAUGCUAACAGCCUUAGAGCUAAGCUGGUAACUCUGGACCAUUCAUGGGAGUCAGUACUACAGAAAACUGAAGAAAGAGAGCAGCAACUAGAUAUGGCUCUUCAGCAGGCUCAAGGCUUCACAGGGGAAAUUGAAGAUUUCAUCCAGUGGGAGAACAGAAUAGAAAGCCAGCUAUCGGCAGCAAAGCCCACUGGUGGACUACCAGAGACGGCUCGAGAGCAGAUGCAGGCUCACAUGGAGUUAUAUGCUGAGGUCAAAUACAAUGAGGAACUAUAUAAACAGCUUCUAGACAAGGGACAACUAAUGUUGCUCAGCCGGGAAGAUGCAGCCAGUUCUGUCACUGAGCAGACUGUGAACAUACUGAAGAGAAAGUGGCAAAACAUUAACAAUAAGGUGGAAGAGAGGAAGGGAAAACUAGAAGAAGCUUUUAGUUUGGCCACAGACUUCCAGAAUUCAUUACAAGACUUUAUCAACUGGCUGACACAAGCUGAACAAAGCCUGAAUGUAGCACCUCCCCCAAGUCUCAUACUAGACACUGUUCUAUUCCAAAUUGAUGAACAUAAGAUUUUUGUAAAUGAAGUUAAUGUUCAUCGAGAGCAAAUUAUUGAGUUGGACAAAAUUGGAAACCAGCUGAAAUUUCUCAGCCAGAAGCAGGAUGUGGUCCUGAUUAAGAACCUUCUGCUCAGUGUUCAGUCCCGCUGGGAAAAGGUGGUUCAACGAUCAGUGGACAGAGGAAGAUCCUUAGACGAUGCAAGAAAAAGAGCAAAACAGUUCCAUGAAGCCUGGAAGAAAUUGGUUGACUGGUUGGAAGAGGCAGAGAAUCACCUAGACUCCGACAUGGACAUCUCUAAUGAUCCAGACAAAAUCAAGCUACAGCUUACUAAGCACAAAGAAUUCCAGAAAACCUUAGGAAGUAAACAACCUGUUUAUGACACAACUGUAAGAACAGGAAGGUCAUUGAAAGAAAAGGCCUCCUUAAGCGAUGAUGUACAGAAAUUAGAUCACCUCCUUGGAGAAGUGAGGGAUAAAUGGGACACUGUGUGUGGAAAAUCUGUAGAAAGGCAGCAUAAGCUGGAGGAAGCAUUGCUUUUCUCUGGACAGUUUAUGGAUGCACUGCAGGCCCUGGUGGAUUGGCUGUAUAAAGUAGAGCCCCAGCUGGCUGAAGAUCAACCUGUACAUGGAGACUUGGAUCUUGUGAUGAACCUGCUGGAUGCUCAUAAAGUCUUCCAGAAGGAACUAGGGAAAAGAACAAGCAGUGUUCAAGCUGUGAAGCGAUCUGCCAAGGAACUGCUGGAGAGCAGUAGAGAAGACACUACAUGGGUCAAGGUUCAGCUCCAGGAACUCAGCACAAGAUGGGACACUGUAUGCAAACUUUCUGUGUCCAAACAAACUCGCUUGGAGGAAGCUCUGAAGCAGGCUGAGGAGUUCCGUAGUACUGUUCACAUGCUGCUUGAGUGGCUUUCAGAGGCUGAACAGACGUUACGUUUUCGUGGUGCUCUUCCUGAUGAUGCCGAGGCUUUGCAGUCCCUCAUUGAUAUUCACAAGGAGUUCAUGAAAAAAGUAGAGGAGAAACAAGUAGAUGUAAACACCGCAGUCAGCAUGGGGGAGGCAAUACUGACUGUGUGCCACCCAGACUGUAUCACCACUGUCAAGCACUGGAUUACUAUCAUACGGGCAAGAUUUGAGGAGGUACUGACUUGGGGGAACCAGCACCAACAGAGGCUGCAGGCAGCACUCUCUGAGCUUUUGGCCAAUUCUGACCUCCUUGAUGAAUUGUUAGCCUGGAUCCAAUGGGCUGAGACUACUUUGAUACAGCGAGAUCAAGAGCCUAUGCCUCAAAACAUUGACCAGGUCAAGGCUCUAAUUUCAGAACAUCAGGUAUUUAUGGAGGAAAUGACUCAGAAGCAGCCUGAUGUAGACCGAGUCACAAAGACAUACAAAAGAAAGACAACAGAUCCAAAGCAUGCAUCAUUCAAUGAUAAAACACGAAGCAGAAAACCUCCAGUGCAAUCCACUCCACCUGUAUUACCUCCCAUGUCUCAAUCUGAGACCAAGAAUCCAAGGAUCAAUCAGUUGUCUGCACGAUGGCAGCAGGUUUGGCUGCUGGCCUUGGACAGACAGCGGAAACUUAACGAUGCUCUGGACAGACUGGAGGAGUUGAAGGAAUUUGCAAAUUUUGAUUUCGACAUCUGGAGAAAGAAGUACAUGCGUUGGAUGAAUCAUAAAAAAUCUCGAGUUAUGGACUUCUUCCGAAGAAUCGAUAAGGACCAAGAUGGGAAGAUUACUAGACAAGAAUUUAUUGAUGGAAUAUUAGCUUCCAAAUUUCCAACUACAAAACUUGAAAUGACAGCUGUAGCAGAUAUCUUUGACCAGGAUGGCGAUGGAUACAUAGAUUAUUAUGAGUUUGUAGCUGCCCUUCAUCCCAACAAAGAUGCCUAUCGGCCAACUACUGAUGCAGAUAAGAUUGAGGAUGAGGUCACCAGGCAAGUAGCACAGUGCAAAUGUGCAAAGAGAUUCCAGGUGGAGCAGAUUGGAGAGAAUAAAUACAGAUUCUUCCUAGGCAACCAGUUUGGAGACUCGCAGCAGUUACGUUUGGUUCGUAUACUGCGCAGCACAGUGAUGGUCCGAGUUGGUGGAGGCUGGAUGGCUCUAGAUGAAUUUUUGGUGAAGAAUGAUCCUUGCCGAGUUCACCAUCCAGGGACUAAAUUAAAGAGAACCGAUUCCGUCUGUUCCAUAGGUUUGGCAAGGGGAAGGACAAAUCUAGAGCUGCGAGAAAAAUUUAUACUUCCUGAAGGGGUAUCCCAAGGAAUGACCCCGUUUAGGUCCCGAGGGCGAAGGUCUAAACCGUCUUCCAGGACUGCCUCACCAACACGGUCCAGUUCCAGUGCCAGUCAGAGUAACCACAGCUGUACAUCCGUCCCGUCUUCACCUGCCACUCCUGCCAGCGGCUCAAAGACUCCACAACAGAUAUCUCGCUGUUACGAGAAGCCCUGGCUUGUAAACAGCAAAACUAGCACCCCCUCUAGGGGCUUCGACUACUCAGACUACCAGAUUUCAUCAUGUGAGGUUACACCGGCUCAGAGCAGCAAAAUGAAGAAAGCAGCCAUCCACACAAGCCGGUCAUCCCUCACAGGAGAUACAGCCACACCUUCUGGUGCCAAAUCAAGCCGACCUGACCCGAAGAAAAGCAGCAGUCGCGCUGGAAGCCGAACUGGAAGCCGAGCCAGCAGUCGGAGAGGAAGUGAUGCGUCCGACUUUGAUCUAUUAGAGACUCAGUCAGCCUGCUCAGACAACUCAGAGAGCAGUGCUACUGGUGGACCUUCCCGCAGAGGACUGUCUAAACCUUCCAAAAUCCCCACCAUGUCAAAGAAAAUUACCAGCACUCCUAAAACUUCGAGCGCAAAGAGAUAGUCCUACCUGAAGAGAACAUUGGGCACAAGAGCAACAAGCCCACCAGUGGGGCAGACCAUAAGCUUUGUUUUUAUAACAUGCACUGUACAUCUGGAUGUACGCUAGUUCUAAGUGGGGAAAUUUCUAUCGUCUAUACAUGUACACGAAAAAGAUGUUUAUAACUGCCUUAUCUGUUUCUUUUGUUUUUGUACCUUAAUACUUCCAUGUGAAUAUUUCUGUAGAUAAAACAAGCCUUGUGUGAAUUCCUGGGAAGAUUCAGGGGCUCUCGUAGAAAGAUGGAUUGUGAAACAGGAGUGUAGACAACUAAUGUUCUGACUCUGCAGGGAAGAAGACCCUUUUUUUUAGGGUUGGUAUCCUAGGACAACACUACUUAACUUUAAUAGGGAAAUCCUCUGUUUUGUAUAUGAACAAUACUUUAUUAAGCUGCAGAGGAAACAGACUGACAAAAGAAUUCUUUUAAUAACAUUAGGGCUUUCUGAAUUGACAACACUUGCACACUCUGCUUUGACCUUACAGUAUCAAUUAUCAUCAAGUAAUUUACAGCAACUGCCAAUAAAAAGGACAUUUAACCUUUUGGGAGCAGCCAUUUGCGUGACAGUAAAUUCCUGGUGCAGCAUACAAUAGCAUAUGCGUCUCCAUAGCCAUUUUGCACUCAUCCCAGGUUCAUUUGAUUUUUCUUAUUGUAAACUACAUUUGUUUUAUUUAUCUGCCUAGUAUAUUCUUAUUUAUUAUUUAAUGGUCAUUCCACUUAGGAUUUGUGUGACAUGUUCAUUUCGGUAGACAAACGAUCACAGUUGUGCAUCAGUGAAAUGGAACUCACCAGCAAAGUUCCUCCCUCACAUAUAUCUACGGUUUCCCUCCGGCAGGCUAACCCUGUGGAGUGGAAGUGGUAGAGCACACAUGGAUCCCUUCUGUUACCUGUCAUUGCAUCCUGUUCUAACAGGCUGCUGUGUGAUUUUCUCAACUAGUUUGCAACAGAAAAUAAUGCUGUACCAAUGAACUGUUAAAUAAACAACACAUUUUGUAUUAAAAUUGCUUGCAGUAACAUCAAGUA